AUGUGGUCGACAGCUCCCCUCAAGGCAGCCACAUGGCUUGCAUUCACAACUUCGCUCAGCUCAGCUACACCGCAGUAUGGUGCUCCUCCAAAGAUCCAAUUCAAGCACUGGCCUGAAGAAGCUGCGACAGCUCUCUCCAACAUGAUCACAAAGAAUGCGAAUCAGAGCAACUAUGCAGUCUUCGACAUGGACAACACCAGUUACCGCUACGAUCUUGAGGAAUCGCUCCUUCCCUUCCUUGAGAACCGUGGCAUCCUAACACGCGACAACCUGGACCCCAGCCUCAAGUUGGUCGACUUCAAGGAUACGGCAAACUUCACCGAAUCGUUGUACAGCUACUAUAACCGUCUAUGUGAGAUCGAUGAUUUUAUCUGCUAUCCCUGGGCGGCGCAGGUCUGGUCCGGCUUCACGCUGCGCGAACUUAAGACUUACGUGGAUGAGCUCAUGGCGUACAACUCAACGAUUCCGACAAAGUACUGGGACGGCGAUGAGGUGACAUCCAGCAGCGUUAAACCGCCAAAGGUUUUCCGAGGCCAGGCCGAACUUUACAACGCUCUCAUGGACAACGGCAUCGCCGUCUAUGUCAUAAGCGCUGCCCAUGAGGAGCUUGUACGCAUGGUCGCCAGCGACCCGAAGUACGGAUACAACGUCCCACCUCAGAACGUCAUCGGCGUCACCACCGUUCUGAAGAACACUACUUCCGGUGCGCUCACGAACGCACGUAAGCAGAUUACGGAAGGCGCGUACAAUGAGACGGCCAAUCUCGAUCUGGUCGUGACUCCGUACCUCUGGACCCCUGCCACAUGGUUCGCCGGUAAAUGGGCCGCUAUUCUUACCUACAUCGAUCAAUGGAAACGUCCUGUUUUGGCUGGUGGUGACACCCCCGGUAGCGAUUCGUACAUGCAGUUCCACGGCGUAGAUGUAGCGAAGGGAGGUGUGCACCUGUGGAUCAAUCGUCGGGACGUGUACUUCGAGCAAUUGCAGGAGGAAAUUAGGAACAACACCCAGGCGCAGAUUGCUAACGGUAGAGAAGUCACGGCAGACAAGAACUGGGUUGUUGUCACUCCUGAGGAGAUCUUGUAA